AUGAGAGAGGCCUGGACAGGGAAUCUCCGCUAAGAUAAGCCAGUGUCAGGAGGCAGGUGCGAGACCCGGCGGCAUAUAAUUAUUCUAAAUCAUAAUGGGGGUGGGUGUCUCAAUCUGGCCUUCCCAGCAGUCAGGCUCCAGCUGCUUCCCUUCUGCAUCUCCAGCUCUCUCCAUUCAAGAAUGCAAGGCUGAGAGAUGGAGGUCCAACCCCAAGAACAUUCUCCAACUGAGCACUCCUUCAACCGACCACAAGCACCAAGCCUUGUCACUAGACUUAUAUAUGGGUCUCCCAAAAUGGUUUCCUUUCCCCCCGCUCCUCACUGUUGAAAGAAGACAAUGGAGAAGGCAGUCAAAAUUCUGGUGGGCCAUGUCCAAUGGGAAUAAUAAAGAAACCAUAUAAAUUCAUGGAAUGUGAAAAGAGAGAGGAGAAACAAUUUGAAAGUAUGGAGUGUGGGAAGAGUUUCACUGACAGUGGAACACUUGGAAAACAUCAACGGACUCACACAGGAGAGAAACCAUUUAAAUGCAUGGAGUGUGGAAAAAGCUUUGGUUGGAGUUCAAACCUUCGUAUACAUAAACACACUCACACGGGGGAGAAACCAUAUAAAUGUAAGGAGUGUGGAAAGAGCUUCAGUCAGACUGGACACCUUAGAAACCAUCAACGAACCCACACAGGGGAAAAACCGUAUAAAUGUAUGGAGUGUGGAAAGAGCUUCACCGAUAGUGGAACAUUUAGAAAACAUCAACAGACACACACGGGCGAUAAACCAUUCAAAUGCAUGGAAUGUGUAAAGAGCUUCAGUCAGAGUAGACACCUUAGAAUCCAUCAACGGAUUCACACAGGGGAGAAACCAUUUAAAUGUUUGGAGUGUGGAAAGAGUUUCAGUACAAAUAGAGGACUGAAUAUUCAUCAUAAAACUCACACUGGGGAAAAACCAUUUAAAUGUAUGCUGUGUGAGAAGUGCUUCACUGUUAGUAGAACACUUAGAAUCCAUUAUCGAACUCACACAGGGGAAAAACCAUUUGAAUGUAUGGAGUGUGGAAAGAGCUUCACUUAUAGUGGAACACUUAGAAUCCAUCAACGGACUCACACAGGGGAGAAACCAUUUAAAUGCAUGGAAUGUGGAAAGUGCUUUAUUGAUGGUACAGCACUUAAUAUCCAUCAUCAAACUCACACAGGGGAGAAACCAUUUAAAUGUAAGGAGUGUGGAAAGGGCAUCACCAAUGUUGGAAAUGUUAGAAGACAUCAACGGACUCACACGGGAGAAACCAUUUAAAUGUAUGGAGAGUUGAAAGAGUUUCUUUCAGAGUGGAACCCUAAUUUCACACACAGGAAACUUAGACGACAUCAACAGACUAUUUGUUUGUCGGGGACAAGCAAAUAAUUGUAUGGAGUAUGGAAAGAGCUUCAAUAGAAGUGGAAACCUUGGCAAACACCAGCAAACUCGGAGGGAAAACCACUUACGUAUAUGGAGCGUACGUAGAGCUUCAGUCCUGAUGUUCCUACAAAACAUCAAUGGACUCGCAAGGACAAUCCACAAACUAAAAAAUUAUAAUUUGAAUGGAAGGAGUGUGGGAAGUGCUUCAAUUGCUUUAUAUAUAGAUAAUUUUAUUAAUAAUGUAUAUAAUUUUUUUUUACAAAUUGCAUUCAAAAAUGGAAGCAUUCACUUCCGGGUUCUUGGCGUUUGAAAGCCCCAAACAUUCGACUUCCAAAGCGUUCAACAACCAAGAUUCCACUGGGUAUCCAGCAAUUGUGUGUUGUCCAACGAUAUCCAUUCUUUUAACCAACACAAAGAGGCUGCUUCAUGGUAGAAAAUCUAGCAAUGCGAAGCCACCUCUAUUUUUAGUAUCUAUCAAAAUUUUAUACUUUAUUCUUGGUGUUUCCCCCCGCUAGAGUAAUCAUGAAAUAUCUCUUUGCCAUUUGUUAAAGAAGCUUGUAUUAUUUAUUAUUGGUAUCAUUUAGAAUACAAACAGUAUCUUAGGUAAAACAUUUCUCUUUAUGGUUGAAAUCCUUCGUAAAAGUGAAAGUUUCAUCCUCCCCCAUAUUUCCAAAUG